CUUAGCACUGCACCUAUACUGCAGGAGAGGUACGUAUACCAUAGUAGCUGCUCAGCAUUCCAGAGCUACCGUACACACACGAAGAUAAAUGUAUGGUCCACAAAGACAAACUAGACUCUAUAUACAAUGCAGUCUUCAAGCAAGCUAUCAAAGUAUAUAACCCGUCACGAAACCCCUGUCAUCGUUCCCCACUCUUAGUACGCUGGCAAUACAUCGUGAUACAGAGUCCCACGGAAAGCACCAAGACACUUCAAUCAAUACACCUCUUGAACCAGAAUCCUCGAAAACUGCAACCCUCAAAAAAAAUGAAACUCCUCCACCCCAUCCUCCUCCUCAGCGGCCUCGCAGCCACGGCAGUAGCAGUGGGUCCCGCCUCCGGCCCGACGACUCUGGUGCAGAAGCCCGCUGGCUCUGCUGCUGGCUCUGCUGCUGGAGCUGCUGCUAGUUCAUCUGCAGGGGGGGCUUAUUAUGGUGAGGGUAUCAGCGGUGGUACGAAUGCCGGUGCCGGGACGAAGAAUUACCAGCAAGCGAAACCAGAUGACGAUGAUGUCUACGCCUCGGGCAAAGCACCUGCUAAUGCUAAUGAGAAUGCUAAUGUCAACGCCAAUGCGAAUGCGAAACCGAAUACCAAUGUCAACGUCAAUGCAAACACCAAUACGAAACCCGACACCAAUGCUAAUGUGUAUGGCAAUACCGACGCUAAUGCUAACGGCAAGCCGAACACCGGUGUCAACGAAAACGCGAACACCAAUGUGAAUGCGAAUGCCUACGCUAACCCAGGCAGCAACACCAAUGUGAAUGCGAAUGCCUACGCUAACCCAGGCAGCAACACCAAUGUGAAUGCGAAUGCCUACGCUAACUCAGGCAGCAACACCAAUGCCAAUGCCAAUGCCUACGCUAACCCAGGCAGCAACACCAAUACCAAUGCCAAUGCCUACGGUAACUCGGGCAGCAACGCCAAUGUGAAUGCCAAUGCCUACACUAAUGCAGGCAGCAACACCAAUGCCAAUGCCAAUGCCAAACCCAACUCAGGCAGCAGCUCUGGCGGCACCCCCCAAGGGAACCACGCGCGGGCGCUGGACGCGGAGCUCCAGGAGAUGGUUAUGGAGACGGUGGAGCAGGUCAUGGAAGAAGGGAUGAAGGAGGUGGUUG